UUCUGCAUGAGCACCCAGACUGGCUUGACCUGAAACUAACCCCUCCGUGCAAUAGCAGCGCCGCGGUGGCCGAUGGCGCAUCCGUCGCGUUUUUUCUUUUUCCGGGUAGAUGGCAUGGGUGCGUGCUAGCCUCUUGCCUGUGAGAGGAUGACGCUAUGUCACCGUGCCUACUGUCUAGUAUGUAGGUUUUGAUGGUUAAUUGCGGAGAAGCAUGAUAAGCAAUACCGACGUUAAGAAAGAUGGGAUGACAAAAGCACUGAUGCCUUAUCCUUUUUUCCCUUUUCGUCAUUUUCCCCUCAGGAUUAUUUACCUCACUUUGCGACAAAAAACGUGGGCUACUUACCUACUGGCCUCACCCUACUUGGGUGGUUUAGUCAUGAGUAUUGGUAACUCACUACUCGGAGGCCCCGUUUUUUCGGAGAACCGAGCCAAGACGAAAAGAGCGUUUCGAGCAGUGAUGCGACGAGAAUUAAGAUCUACCGCAAGUUGCGGUAUCAGGCUGACUAACGCGUGUUUCAAGGUUGGAGAAAGAGGGACGGCGAUGCGAUGGAUGCACUGCGGUCGGGUUCAGUCCCCCGGAGUUCUAAGGAAAUACAUGCCUAGUACCGAAAGAAAAAAAAUAAUAAAUAAAAAAGAUUAUGCAGUUCAUAAUAGUCCCUGCACCCUAUUCGCGACCUUUCUCUGGGCUGGUCCAGAAUGAAACUUGAUCCGUCCGUGCUUCUUCUGCAUCCGACCCAGUCCCAGUGCCCUCCCGCAGUACAUACUGUCAUCAUUGAAUCGGCGGGAAGAAACAGGCAGAAAAAGAAAAAA